GGCUCUUCCAACACUCCAUCUCUCCGCAACGGCCGUACCCACGUCCCCUCCCAUCGCACAGCGUGAAUCACACAUCCCAAGCCAGAAGGGUCAAUGGCGUCCUCGCUCGGAGCCGGAGUAGAAGGGUCGAGAGUAGACAUUUCCAAGUUCGGACAUCCGAUAAUACCGAUCUUCUCAACCCCGUGUUCGAGGUAAGCGCAAUUGAUAGCAUACUGCUGUCCAGUAAGAAACGUCUUCGUGCCAUCAAUCGGAUCGAAAACCCAUAGACUCUCCUGAUCCGAGCGAGUAGUCGUGCCUCCUAGAUCUAGUAGUUCCAGGACCUCUUCCUCGGACGAAGGCACGCUCAGACCGGAUGAGAUGAAUGCUGGAGCAUAUUUUUGGAUCAGAGCAAAGACUGCUGCGAGGAGAGCAGGGUUCUCUCGUAAAUCGGCAGCGGAUUCUUCGGCUAGAAAGGCGGCGUUGGGGAAGGCAGAGCGGAGGCAAGAGGUGAGUAUAGCUUGGACGGCGAAGUCGCCGAUUGUGACGGGGGAGAAGUCGGAUUUGGAGAGUGUGCCGGUCGAGAGGGAGGUUUUCUGGAGGUUAGAAGUUAGAGUCGCCGAGUGUUGGACGGCGAGGAGGGCGGUCUGGAGGUGGCUGGAGUAG